ACUCAUUCAGCAUUGGAGUAGAAGUAGCAGUAGUAGCAGUGGAAUUCAAAGUGAUGUCCGAAGUCCUGGAUUCAGCCCAGCUCGUUCUUAUGAUUCUGUAACUGACCGAGAAGUUGAAAACCUUCUUCGAAGAUAUAUAAAUGCUAGACCAAAGAUUGCAGAAGAGAUGGCCCAAUCUUGUUCAAAGCCUAAUAGUGAGAAAGUAAAAGCUGAUGAUCUCCAUUCUCUUCAUUUUUUGAGUUGCUUGAUGGUCUAGAUCUAGAAAGUACAGAUCAGACUUCAGGCAAGGAAUGUCAUAUCAAGACCACACCAGCUGCCUGUGACGAAGUUAAAUUUGACCCUGUUUCCUCUGAAUUAGAGUCUUGGAUGAAGGGUUUUGAAUCUCCUAUGUCAUCCAUCAAGAAAGGUCCUGGUGAAGAUUUUGGUGCUGAGCCAGCAGAAAGUGCUGACAUCAAAGAUUCCAUCUCUAAUAGGUUAUACAUUCCAAGUAGAGGUUCAGCCUUUUCACAAGUCUCCCCUAAAAAUGAUUCUGUUCAGAGUAGUAGUAGUUGCAGCUUAGUAGAUAAUGAUGCUGGAAUAGUAGAAAAAAACCAAGAAAAUACAGUUGCUGCCAUUGACAAGGCACGUGAUGUAGCCAAAAAUUGCACACCUUCAUUUAGUGAGGCUCAGUUUCUUUCUCCCGCGACAUCCACAGUUAGCGAAGAUAGUGGUUAUGAUGAAUCUGGUUCAAAGAUUAAUUCUGUGCUGUUCCUUCCAUCAUUGGAGAAGCGAAAUAUUCAGUCUUGUGCCAUUCCUGAUCCUGACAAAAAUACUACCAGUAAAAAGAAUAAGUUCUCCAAGUCAUCUGGAAGCAGUGAGGAAAAUUCAGGGUCCGAUCCUGUACUGAAAUCUAAUAGUCUUUCGACUACAGCAUCAUCAGGGCCUUGUACUCAGUUGUCUCAGCAGGAGUCAGUUGUGAUGAAUGAUGUGGGAUCCUUGGACACAUCUAAAGAACAGUCGGGAAGUCAGUGUGAUCAAGUGGAACAAGAUGGAAAGAAGCAGGCUGUGAACUCUUCAGGAACUUUGUGUGAAUCUAGUCAGUUCAGUGAUUCCAUAUCCUCAAGUGAAACCAAAAGUUCAGUUUCUUCUGCAGAUACCAAUAACAGUAAUGCAAGUACACUUCAGGAGCCUUCAAUCAAUAAUAAUAGUUCAUUACAGUCCAAAGAAUCAGAAUUAUGUGUCAAACCACCCAACAAAAAAUCUGGGAGGCCAAGAGGUCGGCCCAGGAAACACCAGGAGGUGGAGGUUCCUAAGAGAGAGAAUAAGCGGCGUAGAGUAACCAAAAGGAAGGAAGAAAUUUCACAUAGCAGUGCAAGCCUGAGUAAGGGAUUGGCAUCGGUCCUACAGACUCCCUCAUUUCAUGUUCGAAAGGAAGAAAUUCGACAUCACAACAUAACGACACUGAAUUUUCGAAACCGUCUAAAUGGUGAGUAGUUUAUUUU